AUGUUCACCCCGAUGUCGUCCGCUCGCCUGGGCCCGGGCCCGGGGCCGAGCUCGCAAUCCCUGUCCCAAUCCCAGUCCCAGUCCCAGGUCACCGCGUCGGUCGUUAAGUUUCGUUGCCUAUACACACACGACUUGCGCCGCAAGUCCAAACGGUGGCAGGAUGGCUAUCUUCGGUACCAUACAUUCAACAAGCGCAUUAUGGUCUACGACGAACAAGGGAACUACAUCGGUGAUCACCACUGGCGGUCGGUCGAGGAAGUCCAGGAUGGCGAUGAGCUCGAACUGGAUAAAGGCGCUCUGAUCCAAGUUGGGGAAAGGAUGAGCACCACCCAGACUGAUCUCUCCAACCUUUUGGAGAAGAGGAAACCUAGUCAGGGCUCCCCGCAGUCCAACGCUUCCGCCCCGCAAGCACCGCGUACAUCAACGCCUCGAUCCUCAAGCUCCUCGCAGCCGUUCCGCUCGUUGAAUGAUCUUCUCGGUAUUAAGAAAACCCCAAUUGGGCACCUAGUCUCGCCCUACGAAGAAAGACACCCGCCUCCUUCCCCAUCAGAUACCUCCUUGCCGUCACAGCGCGCACCCAAACGACCCAAAGUGGUCUCGCCGAAACCAGUAAUCAGCAGAAGUGUUCCGGCUGAAGUGGUGGACUUGACUGAACCCGAAGAGAGGCCCCCUGCGAAAGUACGCAAGCUUGCGACGGCACACGAGACGGCCAGACUAGCACAAAAGCCUCAAAAUUUAGUGCCCACCGGGCAGCCUCCGCUAGAGACACAACGAGAGACUCCCAAAGCAACAAAGCCACAGAGGCCCGCUCCUUCGACAAUCUUUAGGCCUUCGAUUCCGCCCGAGAAAGCACAAGAUCUUUCAACAACGACGACAAUAAUACCACAGAGGUCUGAUCCUGCGCAAUUUACGAAACCCUCUGCGCCCUUGGAGAAACCACAAAGAGCACCAACAACCGCGAAUUCACAGUGGCCUGAACCCUCGCAGUUCACGAAGUCUUCAAAGUCGCUGGGAACACCACAAGAUACAUCCAAGACAUCAAAUUCACCAUUAUUAGAGCUCCCGGAAUUCACGAAGCCUCCGGUGCCGCCUGAAACCUUACGAGACGCGCCAAGAGCAACAAAUCUACAGAAGCCCGAAAUUCCAACAUUCGCGAAACCACCUUUACCUGCUCGCUCGGCAUCAUGGAGCCGUUCUAAAGAACCAGUUCGUCCAUCAGCAAAGGACAUGCAGAACGAGCCGCUUAGUGCCCGCAAGCUUCUGGAUGAGAACCUGCCAGUGCCUCCACGAACGAAUUCAGACACCUCUUCCUCCGAAAUACCCAUUAAAACAUUGCGCAUGGCAACAGAGAAACCUCGCAGAAAGCUAAUGUAUAGCGCGUUGUUGCCCAGCGACACAUCACAAAAAUCGUCUCCAAUUCCAUCGAAAUCGCUUUCAAAGAGAAGUCAACCUACGCCAAGAAAACUGGAUUCGCAAGCAGUGAACACACCCGCCCAGGAGCUUGACUCCACAAACGCCGAGUUCCUGCCCUCAGACUCGACGCAAUUUAUUCUUGAUGCAAUGGCAGAUGGCUCAAAUUCAGGAGCCAUAAUGACCCAACCUCCCAGUUUAUCUACACGAAGAGCUCUCGAUGCACCGCUCAGGAAAUCACUAUCCGAUCCAACUGCCUUGACAGCUCAACGUACACUCCAGAGCCGACCCACGCUCAAGCGAAGCGCUAUGAGUGCGCUUCCGGAACAACCAGAAGUCAACGAAGAGGGGCCCUGGACAUCCGAAGCCCUAGAUCUAUUUGAUUUCUGGCCCCCGGGACGAUCAAAGCCCAUCUGA